AUGGAGGCUCUCAUUUUUGAACCGGACGAGUUCGCCAAAGUCUACAACUGCAACCUCUACGACACGGAGCUGCAUCCGCGCGAAGAGCGACGCCUUCGGCUGGUCGGCCUGAUAUGCCUUCUCAUCGGGAUCGUGUCGGUUGUCCUUUACCUCGCUUGUAUUUAUGCUAUGACCAAAAAGGAGCUGAUCCGAUUGCCGGCCUUUAAGUUGAUGAUUUACAUGGCGUUCUUCCAUAUGCAUGGCUGCCUCUCUGCCGGCUUCUUCAUGGCGUUCAUGUUCUACGACGGCACUGUUUUUUGUGAGCAUCCGACCAUUGAUUUCAUUGGGGGAGAACUGGGAACAGGUGGGAUUUUUGGAUUAGUUUGUUUCGGUGUCGCGACUGAGCUACCAUUUUGCGGAGAGCCGACAUUUACCGAUUAGGAUUACGAUUUUUCUAUUGCUUUACAUUGUGUGAAACAAAUUUUUGCAUUGGCAACAAGGAAGCUUGAUUCGCAAAAUCUGACUUCUCAGAUUUUGCGAAUCACCCUUAGAAUUCCCGGGGCUUCGGUAGUUCAGUUGGGGGUUUGAUCUAAAACGUAGGGGGCUUGACCUAAAACAUAGGGGGCUUUUUCUAAAACGUAGGGGGCUUGACCUAAAACGUAGGGGGCUUUUUCUAAAACGGAGGGGGCUUCAUCUAAAACGUAGGUGGCUUGAUCUAAAACGUAGGGGGCUUGUGCUGGACCAUACAACAGAGAAAAGACGCGCAAAACCGUGAUCUCGCCAUAAAAGAGUCCCCAUUUCUCCCCCGAUAAAAAGUUUUUUCGCAUCUCGUUUUUGGAAGGUUGCCAAUCCAUUCACCAUACUGUUUUAGCUUAUCUCAGUUUGACGUGCGCCUAAAAGCAAUUUCAAUUUGAUUUUGCCGCCGUGACACAAUUUAUUUCAUCAGCGGCGAUGCGAUUUUCUAUGCGACAAAGCGCUCUUUAUUUUCCAGACAGAUUGACCAAUAAAUAUCUCCUUUGUUAGCGUAUCUUAACUUCCGGUUUCAGCCUUCUGGAUCGGUAGCAUGGUGACCAGCACGAUCCUGAGUUUCAACCGCUGCUGUGCCAUGUACGACCAAACGCUUGCGUACUUCUUCUUCUCCGGCAAUCGCGUCUACCUUUGGAUGAUUUUGCCGGGGGUUCUGUGCUACUACGGUUUUCUGUUCGAGCCUCCCGUUUUGUACAGUGGGAUCGGGAAGUCGUGGUAUUUCAACCCGCAUUAUCAUUACAUAGACGAGGUGAAGUACGAAUAUGUCAACCAGCUGCAUACCUUCAACAACAUUUUCACGGUUUCUGUGCAAGUCGUGUUGACCAUCACGUUCGCCGUUCUGUAUUUCGACAGAGUGAAGAGUCGCAAGUCGCAAAUGACGCGGAAUGACAAGUUGGUAGGAGCAUGCAACAUUUAUAACAAAGUUGCUAGUCCGUCCGCUAACGAUAAGUCGCUGUGGUGAUUCUUGCGAUAUGCAAUAUGCGAAAACUAAAGCUUAAUUUGCACUGCGCCAUUUCUGUAUUUUUGCACCGUGCAAUUCUUUUUCCGCUUUUCCGGGCUAUCGCUCGAAUGACUUCUCUGCACAGUGCAAGUCGCCGAAAUCACUCUACCGGCUUUUCGAACAAAGAGGUACUUCUGUUUGCCCCAUGAAGUCCGGAUAAUUAGCCUAAUGUGGCGGACCUGAUCCAAUUGCAAAAAACGUACCAUUUUGCAUGCAGGAAGCAUCAAAAAAUGUGGCAAAAUACCUCCCUCUCUAAUAGUAAGCAAAAAAACGCAAUUUCAAAAGCGCGACGCACGUCAAACUGAGAUAAGCUAAAACAGUCCGGUGAAUGGAUUGGCAAUCUGCCAAAAAAAGUCGUGAAAAGACGUUUUGUCGGGGAAGAAAUGGGGAAUUUUUGAGGCGAGAGAGUACGUUUUUGCGUGCCUUUUUAAUCUAUUUCUCUGCGAAAUCAAGACGAAGUGUAAAAAACCGAUAGCGAAGAGUCUAUUCCGGUCACCGGACUUUGACGUGCGACGCUCUUUUGCGAAGGAAACGGCGCGCUCUUCAAAACGAAGUUUUUUUACUUGAAGAGGGAGGCAUUUUGCCACAUCUUUUGUUACUUCCCGGAUUCAGAAUGGUACGUUUUUUGCCACUGGAUCAGGUCCCUCACUGCAGCGCGUUUUUUGACAAGUUCGAAAUACAUUUUCUGCAAAUACAAUUUUCCGCUCUUCAGAUGUGUCUUCAAGUAUUUUUGAUCGGUCUGUUUGAAAUGUGCGCCGGCACCUCAUUCCUUGUUCAACAGCACGUCGAGCUGGACUUUGCGAUGAGUCUGUUCGCUUCGUUCAGUUGGUUUGGAUCGCAAGGUGAUUUUUCUGUCGCAAACGUUGCGAAAUAAACGAUGAAUUUUAGCCAUUGCGCCAUACAUCUACCUCACAUUCAACCGGACCGUUCGGACUAUCGUUGUACGAAAAUUCUUGCCUUGUUGGGGUAGAAAGAACAAUGUCAACGAGAUGCCUUCAACUACUCAUGAGCCCUAA